CCCCUUCCGCCCUCCGGCAGCGGCGGCCGGCAGGAUGCUGCCCUCGCAGGAAGCCUCCAAGCUGUACCAUGACAACUACGUGCGGAACUCGCGCGCCAUCGGCGUGCUCUGGGCCAUCUUCACCAUCUGCUUCGCCAUCAUCAACGUGGUGGUCUUCAUCCAGCCCUACUGGGUGGGCGACAGCGUUAACACGCCCAAGCCCGGGUACUUCGGGCUGUUCCACUACUGCGUGGGCAGCGGGCUGGCGGGCCGGGAGCUGUCGUGCCGCGGCUCCUUCACCGACUUCAGCACCAUCCCCUCGGGCGCCUUCCAGGCGGCCGCGUUCUUCGUGCUGCUCUCCAUGGUGCUGACGCUGGGCUGCAUCACCUGCUUCGCCCUGUUCUUCUUCUGCAACACCGCCACCGUCUACAAGAUCUGCGCCUGGAUGCAGCUGCUGGCAGCGCUCUGCCUGGUGCUGGGCUGCAUGAUCUUUCCCGAUGGCUGGGAUGCAGAGACCAUACGGGACAUGUGCGGGGAGAAGACAGGGAAGUACUCCCUGGGCGACUGCUCUGUACGCUGGGCUUAUAUCCUGGCCAUCAUUGGCAUCCUCAACGCCCUUAUCCUUUCCUUUCUGGCCUUUGUUCUCGGCAACCGGCAGAACGACCUGCUGCACGAGGAGCUCAAGACAGAGAGCAAAGAUUUUGUUGGCACUGCGAGGAUAUAAGGCCGACCAUCCGCAGCAGGACCCUCUUCCCAUGGCCGGCAGCCUGGGCGCUCCCUCCCUGUCCUGCCCUUCAUUUGCUGCCAGCGGCCACACAGUGUCCCGCGCCGCCCUCCGGGCCCCGGUGCCCGUGCCAGGGAUGCGCCAGCCGCCCGCCGCAUCCAUGGCCACCUCCAUGUCCACGUCGGCACCACCAUCCCACGCACCCUGCCAGCUCCGUACUCACCGCUGCCUGCGGGCCGCCGCCGGGGGAGGAUGCCUCAAACCCGCUUUGUUCAAGAACAGAAUCCAGCUGCGGUUUUGUUUCAAGGAAAAAACAGUCUUGGAGUUUUUAACAGAUUUCUACAUCCCCAGGACUCCUGACCUGCUGCCUCCCACCCGAACGCGCACCCAGUGACGCCCCGUGCCGGCUGCUCCGGGUCCCGGACCCCUCCCCACUCCCAUUUUGUACAGCUCCGUGAUCCUGUCUCCACAGCCAGGGGACCCGGUGGCCGAGAUGGGGCCCAACCCCUACUUUUACAUGUAAAUUCAUAUUCUCUAAACAGGGUAAAGUGACUCGAGCCCCCUCUCCCCCCGCUCCGGGAGUCCAGCCCAGGACAUGGUGUUUCCUGGUGCGUGGCUGGGGCCGCAGGCUGCUGCUCGCUCCCCUCAGCAUGGGGACCGCAGGGGCCUUGCUGCUGCUGGCCGUGGGACACCCGACUCGCGCCGCCGUUGAAUGUAAGCCCUGGUAAGUGGGAGCAGCUGAACAUGCAAAACCCCCGGGCGGGCACAGGAGGACCCCCCGCCAAGACCCCUCCCCGAGCCGGCCGCGGGCUGUUGCCAAACGCCUUCCCUCCCCAUCCCCAUACGGUGCUUUAUCUCCACUGGUGACAGCAAGGCUUUCCCUGCCGCACGGCACGGCCGGGUGUACCUGAGCACUCCUGUACCCACCCGGCCUCCUGGCUGUACCUCGCUGGCCCGCGGUGAUGGCGUGCGGGGAGCCGAUGGCUGCUGCCCCGGGCAGCGCCGGCGGCCUCCGAGGCCCACACACAGCACCCGAGAGCCGACACCCGGCACGGGUGGCUGUGGCUCUGCUGGCCAGACCAGCGUGUAUGUGGGCUUCCCCUGGCCACAGGGGCUUGGGUCACCACAGCCCUCGCAAUGCAAUAAAGUCCUCAGCACUGGCUGUGUCUCAGUGCGAGCAGCUGGGACUCCUUGCAGGGCCCAGGGCAGGGCACCCAGGGGCUUGUUGGAGCCCUGGCAGGGUUGGACGGAGACACUGGGCAAGGCCAGGGAGCAGGCGAGUGGGAGCAGGGAGCAGAGUGGGACCACAGUCCUGGGAUGGGACCACGGAGCGUGGAGGCUGCUGGGGGAUGGCAGUGAAGGGCUCUGCAGGACCCAGCGCCUCACCAGGCACCAAGGGGCAGGCUGGAGCAGGUAAGUGCUGCCCUAAGGCCCUGUGGGGUGGCAGUGGGGGAUGGAGCUGUGCCGAAACACCAUCUGGGAGCCAAAGCCACCCGGGAUGGAGUGCGUGCCAGCACUCCUGCCAGUGCCCUCUGCCAGCCAUGAGCCCAGCGGUGCCCACAUCCCUCUGACAGCUUCCCCCCCAGAAUGAGAUCAACGGGAACUCGCAGCGCCCGGGUCUUGCCAGCUUGAGAGUGCUGUUGCCAGAUGAAUUGGAAAAACAAACCAAGAAAAUCAGUGGAGAAAGGAAUACAGUAGCUGUAAUAUAUCUGUAUUUUAGUACAAAGUUUGAUACAGUGUUUCACAAAACCUUAUUGAAAAAUAUAAUUCAAACCAGAUGAGCUCCGAGCCCUGUGUUGUGGGGAGGGUUGGGAUGGGUUCCUCCUGGCCAUCACCAAAGGAGGUGGGAGGCCAAAGAAGCCCCUGUGAGUGUCUUGAGCUGUGGUACGGAACCCACCCCGCAGCCUGCAGAACUGAGCCUCCACCCACAUGGGCUGGCACACAACGAGGGGCUCUGGCCAGAGGGAGUCCCCAGAGAAAGGGUCUGUCCCACAGACAAAGCAGGGGAUGGAGCAGGAUCUCAUCCAUCCCAAGGAGCCUUUGAACCAGUCCCUUCUGCCUGUCCACAGUGCACGAUGAGUGGUCUAUCAGCUCACUGACUAACACAGACUGAUAGGAAAAUCCAUGAAAUUAAUCAAAAACCUCCUGAAAUUCAUCAAAUUCCAGUGUCUCCAUGGAAAAAAACUACAUGGCUGGUCAGUUUAAUGGUAUGCUCUGGUAGAAGAGUGGGGAGAGCAUUCCAGGCUGUGUGAGGGCAACAUGGGGAGCUCUGGGACUUGCAGAGAGCUUUGGCCAGGUCUGGCUCCCCUGGUGUGGGACACACUCACAGUCCAGGUGAGCCCUGCAGAUGGCAGAAGAGCAGGGUUGGUGCUACCCACAGUUGCUUUCAGGGAAGGAGUAGUGGAGAUGGAGCCACUCUUGUUAGGUACACAAAGGGACAUGAACCAUGAUAGAUGCUGUCCCACAGUUUCAGGGGGAAUGUUUUCACACGUGAGGGCAGUCAAAGACCAGAAGCCGUGGGCACCUCAAAGCAGCACUUGCAGAUACACCCAGCAGGCCCCACACCCAUGGGCUCAGCCCAUGUCAGGCUCCCUAAGGAAAAGGCAAGCAGCAUGAAAACCCUGGAUACCAGGUUCGGGCACACUGGAAAACAGGUUUUAAAGCAGGUGCAGUGGGUGCAGGAGACAUCCUCCAAAUCCAUCUCCUCCCCAAAUGAGCUUGGGCAAGAAGAACAGCAGCAGGAGAGCCAAAAAUCUCACAACCCCAGCCAGAAGCUCGGGGACUUUCCUAAGGAACAGCAGCUCCUAGCUUCACCUGGCAGAAGGCAGCACGGAGGUCUGCAAGGCUGCUCUUGCAAGGAUUUGCUUACCCUGCAGGAGACAGGGAAGAGAGACUUAAAUGCCUUCACCCUCCUGCCCUAUGUCCUGGGCUCCAGUGCUAAAGGUGGUAAGAAAUUCAGCAACAGUAGUUUUCAAGUUAAGUAUUUUUAUUAUCAAAAUUAUUACAUCUCUUGUGAAAGUUCAAAUGUUACAGCAUGGUGUAAAAACUCCACUAGAGUAAGAAGCUACAGCCCCCACCUUUCCUAGAGCUUUCCAGGGUCCCUCCCUCCUUCCCCCCUGCUGCGCCCGAAGGUGCUGGAGCCUCUGGGCAGGGCCCCCCUGGCCCCCUCCCGCCGCCUGGCAGGGCAGAGCCCGUCUGCCCCGUGCUGCUCAGAGCACGAAAGGGGAGGCUGCACCUCCAGGGCUAAGCCAAGUGAAGUUUACACCUAUGUUAUACAGUAUACAGACACCCAACUGCGGGGUGACAAGUUCCAUCCCAACACGCUCACAGCCAGACAGUGUGAGAAAGCUACUCUUUGUUUCAAUAUUUUAAAAGUCUCCCCUAGGCUGAACAAACACCUGAUUUCAAUUGUGAAUUAGAGAAAUCUGUAACAGUCCUAAAAAAAGAGGAAGAAGACUGUGCAUCUGCAAGGAGAGGGGAGACAGACUCACAGCAUUAUGUUAUCCAAGAGAAAGGAGAAGUUCCACUGCAGCACCAGGGAUGACACCUGUCAUAUAUUAGCUAACCUACUAUGGUUAUAACUGAAUAUAAAAUUAGAUAAAUAAAAACACGCCCGAUAUUACAGUAAACAAGUGAGAAAGAAGCUGGCAAUCGUAUGGAAUUGAACACACAGCGCACUGUGUCUGGGCUGGCUCUCCUGCCACGCUUGGCGGGUGACAGUGGCUGGGAAAGACCCCACAUGGCACUGCCUGGAGAGCCUCUGGCUCAGCACAGACCGGGGUGCCCACCCUCCACCCCACCACUGCCCCCUGCAGCCCCCCGUGUGCCGCAGCAUCACUUGACUGAUCAGGGCCCUGGCCAUCCCCCUGUGCGUUGCACACCAGCAGCCAGAGAGCCCCCGGCGUGGCAGCACGUGGCAGCACAGCCCCCGCUGUGCUCCCGUUCACAGAUUCCUUAAGCGACCUCAAAAACACUCGUUCACGACAGACCUGCGAUGAAGCAGUACAGGACAGAGCACCCCGGAUCCUCUGCAGCCACAGACACAUGCUCCAAACCCUCCCGUGCUGUUUGCAUUUGCAGAGACUCUCCUGUCCUGGAAAAGCUCCGAUGGCAGCAGUGGCGACCCAAGCCCAAAGGCAGCCAUGUGCGCUCGUCUGCUUGUGACUGGAAUGAUCGUAACGGAUUAAAGCCCUCCCCAGAACGCACUGAGAACCUGACCUAUAAAGAGAUUGGAGUUAACUUCCCCCAACGUUUCCUUUAAACUGCUUUUGAAUUCAGAACUGUCCGUGUUGCAUGUGUGACUGUGGCCAUGGGCACGGACCAGAGACAGAGGCUGUGCCACAGUCAUUGCACUUGAACCAUUUUCUUUUUUUUUUUAAAUUUUUUCUUUUUUUUUUUUCUGUUUGUUUCUUUUUGUUUUUGCAAUGUA